AUGACUACAACCACAACCACCCAAGUCGAUGACUUCAAAGAGCCACUCGCCUCAAUACCAAGCAGGACUACUAGUACCAGCACACUCUACACACUCACUAAAUCAACCUCCUUCAACCCCACACGCAGCCUAGCAGUCAACUCCCGCGGAAUCGGCGCAUUUCGACUCCCCAUCCCCUCACGAGAGACCGAAAUCGCCAUCCAAAACCCCGACGGAAGCGACGCCUACAUCUCCACGCGGGACAAACUCUGGUCAGGAAAUUGUGUACUUUCACACCCGAAGCAAGGAAACCUUAUUCGCACAGACUAUUUCUUCGGGCCCAAUCGUGAGCCUAUUUUACGCCUACUGCAGACAUCGAGUGUUCUCCCGGAUGAAGUCAAAGUGACCGGACAAUGGACGUCGCGGAGGACGCGCUUUGCCAUGCCGGAUGGACAGGAGUAUGAAUGGGUCUACGCGAAGGAAAAGACUGAUGGUCAGCGUACCAAUUUGCUGGUUCUCCGGGCUGUCAAUCACAAUGUCAAGGGAGAGGGGAAAUUGGAACACCGGCAGAUUGCGCAGUUAGUGCGUGGAGCGGAGACUCGGACGCCCGGAACCUCCCGGUGUACGGCUGGCAACGGGGGUGAAUUGCAGAUGGAUGAAGGGGCGAUGGAGGGGCAAUUGGAUGCGGGGGUGGUUGUUGCGACGUGUUUGAUGAUGUUGAAGAAGGAGGUUGAUCGGAGGAGAAUGAUCCAGCUUUGUGUGAUCGGCGGUGCUGGUGGUGGAUCAUAG